AUGAUAGCUCACGCACCCACGGAUCUAAAGACACGAGAUGACAACUAUUCGAAUUGCUCCAGCAACUGGUACAGUGGCAAUAGUUCGCGUAUCCUUCUUGACGCACAAUAUGACUUGCAGCAUUGCCACCCAUGGCUGCAAGCCCCACCUAGAUUGGAAGCUCUAGACCCAGCCUGGGCGAAUUGUUUUCGCAGUCUUGAUAUAAACGACCCGCCUCGUGCGUUGACGGCAGCUGAUUUUGUGGCUCCUACCCCACUGAAGCAUUCGGUUUCAUUGAGUGUUGCUGCUCCCUCACCAGGUCCACAAGCUGCACAACCCACGCCUUCGCCGACACCCCCUCCAAGCACACCUGCACCUGGUGGUGCCGCGGAUAGUAAGUCAGCGAGCGGCAUUCCAGACCAUCCAACGCCUGCGAAGGACCCAGUGUCUGCUGAUCCGAUUGCCGAGACAGAUGCUCCCGUCGCGACUCUCAAACACUUCAUUGACCCAGCGCCUGCGCAGAAUUCAGCUACCAGUGAUACGAAUUCUAAUGAAGAUCCUGGCGUUGCGGCUUUCAAACCUUCCAAUGACCCAGCGACUGUAGAUAAUUCAGCUACCACCGAUGCGGGCGUUGUGGCUCCAAACCCCACGGACGGUCCUGCGUCUACCAAAGAUCCAGGUACGAGUGAUCCGAAUGUUGAUUACGGUCUUGCCAUUGUGGCUUCAGAGUCGGCGAAUGGCCCAGGGUUUCCCAAUCUGGCCACUAGUGGUCCCAAUGGAGGCAAAAAUUCCGAUGUUGUGGUUCCACAACCUGCAAAGCACCCUGCAGACCCGAGUGGAUCCAAUAGCACAGACCAGCAACCCAACAGGCCCUUUCCAAACACCAACGGCGAGCCGUAUACUCCGCCAUCAGUACAUGCCGCAGCUCCGGUACAAGCGCCCUUCGUGACCACUGUUGAUGGCCAUGAUAACAUUGAGCAAUCAUCGCUCUGCCACAAAUGGCGACUCGUACUGGGUAAUUCGACCAUCCCGCCUCGCCCCUCCCUCACUUUCUUAUACUUUCCUGUCGGCGGUGAGACAAUGACCCUCUCUGCCGCUCAUCUUAUAGCCGUAGGAAAGACGUUCGCAGCAGGCGACCAGGGUCCCACAAUCGACAGCGAGGUGGUAUCACUGGGCUCAACGGCAUUGACCAUCCGGACGCCCACCGUACCUCUCGGCGCUGAGAACUCGUCUCUUCCAUCAGUAGCGACCAUAGCGGCUGACAAAACGGUUACGCUUGUUCCAAGCGGUAUCAUUGUUCAAAACGCGAACUUGACUAGCAACGGCCCUGCUGUCACAGCCUCAGGUCCAGACAACCACCGCACUCUCAAACGGCAUCGCAAUCGCAGGCACAGCAUCAACAGCGGACGCGCCCACCAUCACAAAUUCAGAAAUACCCGUAUCGGCUGGAAGCGACAGCCUGGCAAUUGGGACAUCGCCGGUUCACCGCGCGAGCUCGGGUUUCGCUCCGACUCAAGGUCUGAAGGCCUCAGUCUCGGUGGCCUCAAUGGCGGAUUCACGGCGGCGCCCGGCACAUCAUCCACUUCGAAUGGGACGGCGGCCAAUAUUACAUGCUCGGCCAAUGGCCCGAUGGUCUUCCCUGGAAGCGCAGGGAAGGUCAAGAUCCCGGGCGGCGAUCCACCAGAGAGAUUUAGCAAUGAUUGUCUCAAAAGGAUACGGCAAUUGUUCGGACAUCUUCAUUCAGGCCGACAGCCACGCUAUCGGAUCCGCCGCGCUCGGUCCGUGCGAAACCAGCUCGAACGAGAUCCCGCUUAG